AAGCUAAAUGCCGCCAUCUAGAGGCCAUGUGUAGUUAUUCACACAUUAUUAGUAGUGGCAUUGUUGGCCUGAAUUAAGAGUUUUUGCAAUUUCUGAAAUAGAUUUAUCGUUUUCUCUUCAAUGACCAUAUUGUUAAUUUGAGAUUAUAAUAUGGCACAUGUAUCAUCUAUAUUGUUGAUUUAAGUCAUCACCUUAUUAUCGCAAACAUUCCUGUUUGUACAACUAUGACGUAUGAUGAACAAUAUACAGGCUACUUCCGGACUGAAUCUACUUACAAUUGAGAAAGAGGGCAGAGCUCGAGCGGCACAUUCUAUGUUCUUUGUUGUAUUAUAGAAAUGUUUUGUCCGUGGUGAUAUUGUCUAUAUAAAUCACGCAGGUUUUUUUGCUUGUGGCACGUCCGAUACAGCUCAUUCUGGAAAGGACCCGAGAUAAGCGCAAGGCACAGUGCAGACGGCAGAUUGCUGCUUUCUUAUCUAUCUAGUAGGACGAAGAUGUCUGACAAAAGUGACCUGAAAGCUGAGCUGGAGCGAAAGAAACAGAGGCUAGCUCAAAUACGAGAGGAGAAGAAGAGAAAGGAGGAGGAGAGGAAAAGGAAAGAGUCUGAGAGUCUGCAGCAGAAAACAGAGAAUGUCUCUGAAGAUUCUGACUUGGACCGCAAACGAAGAGAGACGGAGGCGCUGCUGCAGAGUAUUGGGAUCUCACCAGAACCACCAUUAGUCCCAACCCCUAUGUCUCCCUCUUCACAAUCAGUGAGCACCACCAGUGAUGCUGGCAGCCAGGAGUCUGUAGAUGGAGGGGCAGUGGGAAGGACCCUGCAGUGGGACACGGACCCCUCUGCUCUCCAGCUGCAGGCAGACUCUGAGCUGGGGCGCAGGAUGCACAGACUUGGAGCGUCAAAAAUAGUACAGAUCGACUUCGUUCCCAAAGAGCUUGUGACCUACACUAAAGAGACCCAGACUCCUUCAGCAGCACAUCAAUCUGAAGAAGAAGAAGAGGAUGAGGAGAGCAGUGAGCCUAAAGCUUCCCCUCAGACUGACCAGCCGGAAGAGGAAGUAGAGGCAGAGGACAGUAAAGAGGCCCAUCCCAGAGAGCUGACGGAGGAGGAGAGGGAACAGAUCCUCCACUCAGAGGACUUCCUGGUGUUCUUUGAGCGGUCGGUCUCUGUGGUGGAGCGGGCGCUGGCCGAGGAGGGAGACAUCUUCUUCGACUACAGCGGCCGGGACCUGGAGGACAAAGAAGGGGACAUGCAAGGUGGAUCCAAUCUGUCUUUCAACCGUGUGUUCCAUGACGAUCACUGGUCCAAACACCGAGUAGUCACCUGCUUAGACUGGUCCCCACAGUACCCUGAACUGAUGGUGGCCUCUUACAACAGCAACGAGGAUGCUCCACACGAGCCUGAUGGGAUAGCGCUGGUGUGGAACAUGAAGUUCAAGAAGACCACUCCAGAGUAUACAUUUCACUGCCAGUCGUCAGUGAUGUCUGUGGGCUUUGCUCAGUUCCAUCCUAACCUGGUGGUGGGGGGAACGUACUCUGGACAGAUUGUGUUGUGGGAUAACCGUAGUCACAGGAGGACCCCCGUCCAGAGGACCCCUCUGUCUGCUGCGGCACACACUCACCCAGUGUACUGUGUGAACGUGGUGGGUACCCAGAACGCCAACAACCUGAUAACAGUCUCUACUGAUGGGAAGAUGUGCUCCUGGAGUCUAGACAUGCUCUCUCAGCCUCAGGAGAGUAUGGAGCUGGUGUAUAAUAAGUCCAAGCCCGUAGCAGUAACAGGAAUGGCCUUCCCUGCCGGAGAUGUUAACAACUACGUGGUGGGAAGCGAGGAAGGGAUGGUGUACUCUGCGUCCCGCCACGGCAGUAAAGCAGGUAUAGCUGAGAUGUUUGAGGGCCACCAGGGCCCAGUGACUGGGAUCAGCUGCCAUAACGCUGUGGGCACUGUCGACUUCUCACACCUCUUCAUCACGUCCUCCUUUGACUGGACAGUAAAACUGUGGUCAAUCAAGCACAACAAGCCACUGUACUCUUUUGAGGAUAAUGCAGACUAUGUCUAUGAUGUCAGUUGGUCCCCUGUGCAUCCGGCUCUCUUUGCCUCCGUGGAUGGGAUGGGUCGUUUGGACCUGUGGAACCUCAACAAUGACACUGAGGUGCCCACAGCGAGUGUGACGAUCGAGGGGGCAUGUGCUUUGAACCGUGUGAGAUGGGCGUCGGGAGGCAGAGAGGUUGCCGUGGGUGACUCGGAUGGGCGUGUCUGGAUCUACGAUGUGGGAGAGCUGGCAGUGCCACACCCUGAGGACUGGAGCCACUUCGCCCGCACCCUAGUUGAGAUCCGCGCCAACCGCGGGGAUGGAGAGGAGGAGGGGGCCGUGGAGCUGGCAGCCUGAAACCUUCUCACCCUCUCAUCAAUGGAUGCAACGUUUCAGGACUGACAGCCUGAUAACAGACAUUUACAGAUAACAAACCAUCAUUUACUGACGUAACAACAGCAGCAUGCAUGCUUUAGUGAGAUUCAAGUCAUUGUGAUAGACUGACUCCAAGCUUAUGCUCCAUAGAUGAAAGUAAGAAACACUGAUUUGCCCGUGGGAACAGCUCUUCUUACUAGAGUUAUUUAUUUGUUAUUGGUUAAUUAAACAGUUGAUAUGUAUAUACUUGAUAUCAAAAUCAUAUGGCUUGCAAUGAUAAUGUGCUUAUGGGUCUAACGUGGGUCUAAAUGUUGGAGUGAGCUAGAUAUGAUCCUUAUAUUAUACUCAUGAGGUUUAAUGAUCAGAUUCCUGUGAUCUGUUCAUUUUGUUCUUUCUUCAAGGUCAUAAAAGCUGCAUUAAUAACACAUUGGAUCAUUGUUUUCUUAAGAUAUCCAAGUUAACCUUUAAUACUGUUUUUAAGUAGCUUCGGGCUUUACAGUGCAUCAGCAUGAUAAUUCUUAAAUUUUGGUUGCUGUUAAACAAUUUUGUUUUGUUUUAAGAAAUAUGUCUAAAAAUGUAUGGCUUUUUGCUGUAAGGACAACAAUUUACAAUAAAAUAAGGAUAACUUAAA